AUUUUAUUUAAAAAUUUACCACUAAUGAAACACAAUUAACAACUUCCUAAUGCACAUUUAAGAAAACAUUGGACAAGAUUUGUUAAGACCUUUUAUAAUCAACCAGCUGCAAAAAGAAGAAGAUAAUUGAGAAGAAGAACAUUAGCUUUAUGUAUAUAUAUUAUAUCCAAUAAAUUAAUAGCCUCAUCUCCAAGACCUAUUGAACUUCUUCGUCCUGUUGUUAGAGGAUAGACAAUAAAGUAUAACAAUGUAUAGAAACUUGGAAGAGGAUUCUCAUUAAUUGAAUUAAAAGAAGCAGGACUUAAUGCAUCAUUUGCUAGAACUAUUGGAAUAUCUGUUGAUCAUAGAAGAAGAAAUCUAAAUUAGGAAGAAUUAAAUAACAAUGUUAAGAGAUUAAAAGCAUAUUUAUCAAAAUUAGUUCUAUUUCCAAGAGUCACAGGUAAACCUAAAAAUGGUGUUGUGAAAGAUUCAACAAAUGAAGUUGUAGCAUAACCAGUAGCAUAAAAUACUAAUCCAGAGGUAAUUUAAAUUUGCUAAAUUCAAAGGUAAUCACAUUCUAAAGAACUCCUAAACGUGAAAAAGCUACUGUUAUUUCUAAAGAAUUAAGAGCUAAGAAUGUUUAUAGAAGACUCAGAUAAGAAUGGUACAAUGCUAAAUUUGUUGGAGUUAAGGAAAAGAGAAAAUAAGCAAAAGAAACUAAAAAGUGAUACACAUUUAGUAUAAUACAA